AUGUUUUUCCCGAAGUCCCCUUGCUCUUUGCAAAGCUUCACCUGUUUGGACCGCAUAACAGCAAAUAACAAAUCAUCACAAGAUCAACGUCUUGCUUUUCAUUAUACCAUCAGUUCCGAUUCCGUGAUCAUGACUUCUGGUACAGGCAGUACCACCGCGAUGCCUAUCGCUGUCGUUGGAAUUGGUUGUCGCUUUCCUGGUAAUAGCUCUAACCCGGAGGCACUUUGGAAGCUUCUCAGUGAUGCUCGGAGUUGCUAUUCCAAGGUCCCGCCCGAUCGAUACAAUGUCGAUGGCUUCAGACACCCCAGUAAUAAACUCAAUACUACUAUUGCAGAAGGUGCUCAUUUUCUCUCCGAGAACAUUGCAGCGUUCGAUGCAGCCUUUUUCAACAUUGCUCCGAUUGAUGCCAAGUCCAUGGAUCCUCAGCAGCGUAUGCUCCUUGAAGUUGUCUAUGAGGGCCUGGAGAGCGCUGGAAUUAAGAUGGAGGAUACCACUGGGAGCGACACGAGCUGCUAUGUUGGGACAUUUACUCGAGACUGGUCUGAUAUGCUUAUGCGAGAUCCCGAAACUGCACCCAAGUAUAGUGGUGCAGGAAUCGGCUCAGGCAUGCAGGCAAACCGCGUUUCCUGGUUCUUCGAUUGGCACGGCCCAAGCCUUACACUCGAUACGGCCUGUUCAUCAAGUUUGGUAGCUCUGCAUCUGGCCUGCCAGUCUAUAAAUGACGGCGUCUCCAAGGUCGCAGUCGCGGCUGGCACAACACUGAUGCUGAACCCGGACAUGCCCAUGUGGAUGUCCAACAUGAGUUUCUUGUCAGCUGAUGGUCUCUCCAAGUCCUUCGAUGCCAGUGCGGACGGGUACGGCCGUGGUGAAGGUAUAGCGGCUGUCAUUCUCAAGUCUUUGGACCAGGCAGUUCGCGAUAGAGACCCCAUCAGAGCCGUCAUCCGAGGUACCGGGAUCAAUCAUGAUGGACAUACCCCGGGUAUCACACUACCGAGUGCAAGUGCGCAGGCUGAUCUUAUCAGUUCUGUGUAUAAAAAGUCUGGUCUUGACUAUGAUGACACAAUGUAUUUCGAGGCACAUGGAACCGGUACUGCGGCCGGCGACUCAGUUGAGCUUCGAGCUAUUGGUGCAAGCGUCACUAAGAACAGGGAUUCCAGUAAGACAUUGGUGGUUGGUUCGAUCAAAUCAAAUAUUGGCCAUACAGAAGGUGCUGCCGGAUUGGCUGCUUUCAUUAAAGCUGUUCUAGUUGUGGAAAAGGGGUUGAUUCCACGAAAUAUUCAUCUGAACAACCCUAACCCCAGGAUACCCUUUGAAGAGCUCAAGAUCCAAGUCCCGACUGUUGAGAUUCCAUGGCCAACGCCAGGUGUAAGGAGGGCUAGUGUCAAUUCAUUCGGCUAUGGUGGGACUAAUGCCCAUGCAAUUCUGGACGAUGCAUCAAGCUAUUUGGAAUAUUGGCAUGAAAGACAAAUUCACCAGCAAAACAGCCCACAAAUGACGGAACACAGUUCUUCUGCCAGUUCUGAUGCCGGGUUCAGUGCAGACUCCGGAGUCCUGGUAGACUUUGUCGACAAGCAAAGUUUACCCAGCUCAUUUAAAGAGACCACCAACAAACGCCUAUUCGUUUUCUCGGCCCAUGAAGAAUCUGCCGCCCUGAAUAUGAAACAGAGAUACGCAACCCAUCUGGAGGAAGAGGCUUCAAAAGCGAUGUCUACUUCAAUUACUAGCUAUCUUGACAGAUUGGCUUAUACACUUGCUACAAGACGUUCCAUACUGCCGUGGAAGACCUCCAUCGUAGCUGGAGGGUUGGAUGAGCUCUUGCGAAAUUUGGCAUCCUCGGAGAUCAAGCCAUUUAGAUCUCUGAAUAAGCCGCGUCUCGCUUUUGUGUUCACCGGACAAGGAGCCCAAUGGGCAGGGAUGGGGCGCGAGCUUUUUGUCUACCCAGUUUUCAAAGAUUCUGUCGUUGCUGCCGACAAUUAUCUCAAGCGUGAGCUGGGUUCCUCAUGGUCCGCUCUGGAGGAAUUGAGUCACAAAGAACCAGCUUCCCAUUUGAACCUUGCCAAGUUCGCUCAGCCCUUGUCAACUAUUCUGCAGGUUGCUCUUGUUGAACUGCUCCAGUCUUGGGGCAUUGAGCCAAUCGCUGUUAUAGGGCAUUCAAGCGGAGAAAUAGCUGCGGCGAUGUGUGCCGGUGCGAUAUCACGAGAAGUCGCAUGGAAGGUGUCCUAUUAUCGAGGGAAGCUAUCGUCCGAGAUGGCAGACAAUUAUCCCCAUCUCAAGGGUUCCAUGCUUGCAGCAGGUUGUUCCAAGACUAGAGCUCUGGAUUACAUGGGUCAGAUCACCGCCGGAACGGCUCGGGUCGCUUGCAACAACUCUCCGCUAUCAGUUACAGUCUCAGGAGACGCAACUGCUAUAGACCAGUUGGAUAGCAUCCUGAAAGCCGAAGGAGUUUUCUCCCGCAAAUUGAAAGUCGAAAACGCCUACCACUCUCACCACAUGGCCAACAUAGCUGAGGCAUAUCUUGAAAGUAUUGCCGACUGCAAUGGUAGAGAAGAGGAGACCACCAUCAAAAUGAUGUCCAGCGUUACUUGCAAUGUUGUGAAGCAGAGAGACCUCGGACCCUCUUAUUGGGUACAGAAUCUAACAUCCCCAGUCGAGUUUUCUGAUGCGUUGACUCGACUGUUGAACGGGGACAGGAGUCGACGCAGGAGAGCAGGGGAAUCCGCAGUCGAUUUUUUGCUCGAGAUUGGACCGCACUCAGCCCUUCAAGGCCCAAUUAGACAAGUUGUAGCCGCUGGCGGUUUCAAGAAUGUUAAUUACGGGUCUGUCCUAACAAGGAACAAGAGUUCAUGUUCAACAGCUUUGGAGACAGCAGGUAGACUGUUCACCCAUGGUUUUGAGGUCGACAUCAACUCUGUCAACAUGGCAGUCAACCAGGAUACGCCAUUAAUUGGACUACCGACAUAUGCAUGGAACCACGACAAAUCGUACUGGUGCGAGUCUCGUGUGAGCAAGUCGCAUCGCUUCAGAUCUCAUAACCGGGUUGAUCUUUUGGGUGCCCCCGUAUCAGACGUAGUCGAUGGAGACCCUGCCUGGAGGAACUUGUUGAGGACUUCUGAAAUGCCGUGGAUUCGUGAUCAUAAAGUCCAGUCUUCUAUCUUGUACCCUGCAGCAGGCAUGAUAUGCAUGGUCAUUGAAGCUGUCUUACAGAUUUAUGACCCCACGACACUGCCUGACCAGGUUGAGUUGCGGAAUGUACAACUCGAACGCCCUAUGAUCAUACCAGAUGGUGAUACUGGCAUUGAAACGAAAUUGCAACUCUUGCGACCUAAGCUUAUGACGUCCGCGGAAGAUUGCUAUGAGUUUAGGAUUUCAAGCGGCUUAGAGGGAACGCCUCUGCAGUUGAACUGUUAUGGUUAUGUGAUUGCUAAAUUUGCAUCAGAUCAUCCUCCGAUCAAUUCUUUCAAGACCGAGCUGCAAAAUACCGAAUCUGCCUGUCAAUCACCUCUUGCAGUUGAACACUUCUACUCGAAGACCAAGCAAAUAGGUCUUGAGUAUGGUCCAUCAUUCCAAAACAUGAUCGAUAUUGGUUAUUCUGACAACAUGGCUUGCGCCUCAAUCGUUGUUCACGACACAAGAUCAAUUAUGCCGUCUCAUUACGAAGAUGACCAUCUAGUUCAUCCAUCUAGUCUUGAUUGCAUGUUUCAACUCUUAUUCGCGGCCUUUGGACCAGAGUUUGAGGAGCUGGACACUGCUUUUAUUCCGUCAUCGAUCGACAGCAUCAAGAUCUCCUCAAUGUGCCCUAAAGGACCUCUAGCACAGUUUCGAGGCUUCGCUCACCUCAUUGAUGUGAGGCAGAGCAACGUUACAGCAAAUAUUGCUUUUGGCAAUCCUGUCAGUCUGGAGCCCAUGAUACAAAUUUCACACAUGCGAUGUCGGCAGGUAGCUUCUACUUCUCAACCUAUUUCGAAUGUCAAGGAUGUAAAAGCCCGAUAUGGAAUUAUUAAUCGAGUUCCUGACCUCCGACUUAUGCCACUCACUGGUAUAUCUGAUAUCCUGCAGCGGUGCAUGGAAAAGGAGACACUUCAAGAUGAUGAAGAACGCCUCGCGGCUUUGGAAAGCUUAGCUCAAUUUAUAAGCCUCUCACUGCAAAUUGAGCCCAGUAUGUCCAUACUAGAGAUCUCUGAUGGGGAUUCUGUGGCUCUAGGUCCUAUACUGGAAAGGUUGACGAAAUCGCGAGAUUUGGGUAUUGCAUCCGCAAACUGGACAAUCGCAAGCCCGAAUUCCAACUCCCAGACCCUCAUAGAGGAACAAGCACAACAGCAAGCUUCAAACCUAUCUUUCAAAUUAAUUACACCUCAAGAUGCUUGGAACAAUGAGUAUCUAUUUAAUUCCCAGUAUGAUUUAAUUAUCACUACUGGUCAUCAUAAUUAUGGCCAGCAGGAUGUGCAGCGUUUGAGUCAGUCACUCAAACCGUAUGGCUGGUGGGCGCUGGUGUCACAGCCUUCCGCUAAGGAUAAUCUGCAAGACUUCGCCAGAACAGCUGGUUUUCAAGACUUCACUGAUGUCUCUGAAGACAAAAGACUUGAUGAACAAGCGACUGGCGUUAUGAUUGCGUCUAAAUCCAUCCAAAAACGAAAUCCCGAAGGACAAAGUGCGACAACACUACUACUUCCUGAGAGGCCAUCUAGGUCUUGCUUGGUAGUGUCAAGCCACCUAGUCCAACUUUUGGAAUCUCAUGGGCAGUCUGUCCAGACGCACUAUUUGCUUGAUGGACCGAUAAGCCUUCAGGGCAUGCACUGCAUUUCACUUCUGGAGAUGGAUGACUGCCUCGACCUGGGUGAGUCUGCCACUCAGUUCAAUGCUCUCAAGGAGUUCCUGUUCGGAGCGAAGAAGGUUGUUUGGGUCACACAAGCCUCAAACCCUCUGCACGGGAUCAUCGUUGGUUUAUUCAGAACUAUGAGGAACGAGAACCCGGACCGUGAUCUGACGACUAUCCUUCUGGGUUCAUGUGCUCGGACUGAUAUGCAGCAAGCCUCACACCGUAUAUACGAUACGUUCUGCUCCGCCACGGGGGAGAGGGAGUACAUAAUCGAAGACGGCAUUUUGUGGAUCACCCGUUAUUCCUCCGCCAAGGAUCUCAACAUCAAGGUAGCGAACCAGUUGUCCAAGACCGCAUACGAGCCCAUGCGUUUGCGAGACACGAGCAUUCCUCUGGUGCUCCAUAUAGGCCAUCAAGGAACGCCAGAAAGUCUGCGAUUCGAGCCAGAUAUCAUGAAAAGGGAAUUACUGGCGGAUGAGGUAGAAAUUGAACCACGGGCUUUCGGCAUUAGGUCACAAGACAUUUCUACAGUGAUGGGACACGGCGAAGAAACGUUCUUGAGUUGUGAGUCGAGUGGUGUUGUGCGUAAAGUUGGAGCCGCAGUUUCCGAUUUUGUGCCUGGUGACCGAGUCCAUCUCAUCACUCCGAAGCCCUUCAGAACAUGUAUCCGUAUUAAAGCAAAUUAUUGCCAUAAGAUACCAGGAGAUCUCACAUUUGCUGAGGCGGCAUCUAUCUCAUCCGCGUUCGUCACCGCGCUCAGCUGCACGAGAGACUUGGGAAGACUGCAAGCUGGUGAGAGCAUUUUGAUUCAUUCUGCAGGCAGCGACAUCGGCCAAGCGUCUAUUCAACUAGCAAUAAAGCGCAGAGCUGAAGUAUUUGUUGUCGCGGAAUCCUCGUCGGAUGCAGAGCUGCUAAAUGAAAGAUAUGGCAUCGACGAGAACCAUAUCUUUACGGACUCUAUUGGCACGCUUGCGGAACAAAUCAGCCUUGUGACUGGCGGUCGCGGCGUAGAUGUUGUUUUCAACUUCUUAUCGGGUGAAUCGAUCUAUCAGAGCUGCAAAUGCCUUGCUCCAUUUGGAAGAUUUGUGCAAAUCAACCAAAUCCAAGGACUGCUAGACUCCAGACCGCUCGAACGAGGGAUUUCGUUUGCACAGUUCAGUUUCGACUUCAUGCUGUCCUCGUAUCCUGACAAGAUCAACAACCUCGUGAAAGAUAUUACUGCCUUAAUGAGUGAGGGUACCAUCGGUCCUGUGUCUCCUUUGACAAUCUUUACCUCCACCCACCUACAAGACGCAUUUCGCAGUGUGGGAACAAAAGGCGGAACAGGCAAAACAGUGAUUACCAUGGGACAGGAUGACAUGAUCACGGUGCACCCAUCUGUGGUUAAUACAUUGCAGCUGAAUCCCAGUGCUGCAUAUGUAAUUGUUGGUGGCUUAGGGGGGAUUGGCAGAAGUGUUGCUCUACAUAUGGCCAAAUCUGGGGCCAAGCAUUUGAUCUUACUGUCUAGAUCAGGCGCAUCAGACAAAAGCGCAAAGACGUUGGCUGCAAAGUUAAAGGCGAAUGGUGCUUCGGCAGCCUUUCAUACUUGCGACAUUAGCAAUCCAGAUCAGGUCAGAGGCGUCAUGGAACAGUAUGACGGCAUGGAACUGCCUCGAAUCGCAGGAUGUAUACAAGCAGCCAUGGUGCUGCGUGAUGGUAUCUUUGAGAGCAUGACGCAUGAUGAUUUCAAAGUAUCCCUGAGACCAAAGGUACAAGGUUCUUGGAAUCUUCACCAGUUCCUACCCCGCGAUCUCGACUUCUUUAUCAUGAUCAGCUCUAUCUCGGGCAUCACUGGCAACCCUGGACAAGCGAACUAUGCAGCCGGGAAUUCAUUCAUGGAUAGUUUGGCGCACUACCGACGACAGCAAGGUCUUGUUGCCACAAGUAUCGAUCUGGGUCUUAUGCUGGAUAUCGGUUUUGUCGCAGAACGCCAGGGCACCAGCAACUUGAAGAAAUGGGAGAGUGUGGCGAUGCGCGGGCAUCAAUCUGGUCAUGGUGAUUGGAAGUCGUCCGAGAUGCCUGCCCAAAUUAUCACGGGACUCGCUACCGGCGGCCAUGUUGACCAACACUCACUUGAGCCUCCGUUUUAUUUCUCAGAUCCAAGGUUCAAGGAACUCACUGUCUCUGAGUUGCGACCAGAAUCGCUUGGCCAUACGCAAAAGUCUUUUGCUUUGCGCGUAGCACUGGAAUCUUCAAAAAGCCUAGGAGAGGCCUCCCACAUCAUCGCCGAUGCCAUCAAGGAAAGACUUGCAAAAGUCAUAGAUAAAGAUACUGAAAAUAUUGAAGAGGGGAAACCGCUUCAUAGUUAUGGCAUUGACUCAUUAUCAGCAGUAGAGAUGCGGAACUGGCUCCUAGAGGAGAUGCAAUGCGAAGUUGGAAUCUUUGAGAUUCUUGGUAGUACUAGUAUAUUGGCUUUAGCAGAUAAAGUUGCAAACUCGAGACGCCAGCCUAACAGCAAAUUGCAUCUGUUUAACAGCAAGCAUAGCCCAAGUGUACCUAGACUACAACUUAGGUUCAACACGUCUCUGGCAGAAUAG